CGCAGCUCGCGCCCGCCCGGCGCCGGGCCAUGGCGCUGCUGCAGGAUGUGUCGCUGCAGGAUCCGCGGGACCGCUUCGAGCUGCUGCAGCGCGUGGGGGCCGGGACCUAUGGCGACGUCUACAAGGCCCGCGACACGGUCACGUCCGAACUGGCUGCGGUCAAGAUAGUCAAGCUAGACCCAGGGGACGACAUCAGCUCCCUUCAGCAGGAAAUCACCAUCCUGCGUGAGUGCCGCCACCCCAAUGUGGUGGCCUAUAUUGGCAGCUACCUCAGGAAUGACCGCUUGUGGAUCUGCAUGGAGUUCUGCGGAGGGGGGUCCCUGCAGGAGAUUUACCACGCCACCGGGCCCCUGGAGGAACGGCAGAUUGCCUAUGUCUGCCGAGAGGCACUGAAGGGGCUGCACCACUUGCAUUCUCAGGGGAAGAUCCACAGAGACAUCAAGGGAGCCAACCUUCUCCUCACCCUCCAGGGAGAUGUCAAGCUGGCUGACUUUGGGGUGUCAGGCGAGCUGACGGCGUCUGUGGCGAAGAGGAGGUCUUUCAUUGGGACUCCAUACUGGAUGGCCCCGGAGGUGGCCGCCGUGGAGCGCAAAGGUGGCUACAAUGAGCUGUGUGACAUCUGGGCCCUGGGCAUCACCGCCAUCGAGCUGGGCGAGCUGCAGCCCCCUCUCUUCCACCUGCACCCCAUGAGGGCCUUGAUGCUGAUGUCAAAGAGCAGCUUCCAGCCGCCAAAGCUGAGAGACAAGACUCGCUGGACCCAGUAUUUCCAUCACUUUCUCAAGCUUGCCUUGACCAAGAACCCCAAGAAGAGGCCAACAGCAGAGAAGCUCCUGCAGCACCCCUUCACGACCCAGCAGUUGCCUCGGGCUCUCCUCACACAGCUGUUGGACAAGGCCAAUGACCCCCACCUGGGAACCCCCUCCCCAGAAGACUGUGAUCUGGAGACUUAUGACAUGUUUCCCGACACCAUUCACUCCCGGGGGCAGCAUGGCCCAGCCGAGAGGACCCCCUCGGAGAUCCAGUUUCACCAGGUGAAGUUUGGUGCCCCACGAAGGAAGGAAACAGACCCACUGAAUGAGCCGUGGGAAGAGGAGUGGACGCUGCUGGGAAAGGAGGAGCUGAGCUCGAGCCUGCUGCAGUCCGUCCAGGAGGCCCUGGAGGAAAGGAGCCUGACCAUCCGGCCAGCCUUGGAACUCAAGGAGCUGGACUCCCCAGAUGAUACCAUAGGAACCAUCAAGAGGGCCCCGUUCUUGGAGCCAUCCCCCACUGAGCCUCCGGCUGAGGACCUUCAAUCCAGCCUCCCAGGAACCGCACCUGCACCUCUCCCAUGCCCGGACAGCCCCCCGCUGCUCUCCACUGCCUGGGCCACCGUGAAGCACCGGGAAGAUCAUGAGAGGUCAUCCUGCCGUGGGCUCCCCCCGACCCCCAAGGUGCACAUGGGCGCCUGCUUCUCCAAGGUCUUCAAUGGCUGCCCCCUGCGGAUCCACGCUGCUGUCACCUGGAUUCACCCUGUCACCCGGGACCAGUUCCUGGUGGUGGGGGCCGAGGAAGGCAUCUACACCCUCAACCUGCAUGAACUGCAUGAGGAUACGCUGGAGAAGCUGAUUUCACACCGCUGCGCCUGGCUUUACUGCGUGAACAACGUGCUGCUGUCACUCUCAGGGAAAUCCACGCACAUCUGGGCCCACGACCUCCCAGGCUUGUUUGAGCAGCGGCGGCUACAGCAACAGGUCCCCCUCUCCAUCCCCACCAAUCGCCUCACUCAGCGCAUCAUCCCCAGGCGCUUUGCCCUGUCCACCAAGAUUCCUGACACCAAAGGCUGCCUGCAGUGUCGCGUGGUGCGGAAUCCGCACACAGGCAGCACCUUCCUGCUGGCCGCGCUGCCCACCAGUCUGCUUCUGCUGCAGUGGUAUGAGCCGCUGCAGAAAUUCCUGCUGCUAAAGAACUUCUCCAGCCCCUUGCCCAGCCCAGCAAGGAUGCUGGAGCCGCUGGUGCUGGAUGGGAAGGAGCUACCGCAGGUGUGCGUGGGGGCUGAGGGCCCCGAGGGGCCUGGCUGCCGCGUCCUGUUCCAUGUCCUGCCGCUGGAGGCUGGCCUGACGCCGGACAUCCUCCUCCCACCCGAGGGGCUUCCGGGCUCAGCCCAGCAGGUGAUCCAGGUGGACAGGGACACAGUCCUAGUCUGCUUUGACCGCUGCGUGAGGAUCGUCAACCUGCUGGGCGAGCCCACGGUGACACUGGCGCCUGUGCUGACCUUUGACUUCCCCAUUGAGACUGUGGUGUGUCUGCAGGACAGUGUGCUGGCCUUCUGGAGCCAUGGGAUGCAAGGCCGCAGCCUGGACACUAAUGAGGUGACCCAGGAGAUCACAGACGAGACAAGGAUCUUCCGAGUGCUUGGGGCCCACAGAGACAUCAUCCUUGAGAGCAUUCCCACCGACAAGCCGGGGGCUCACAGCAACCUCUACAUUCUCACAGGCCAUCAGAGCAGUUACUGAGCCAGUGGGCCGGCCUGGCCGGGGGCAUCCCCCGCCCACUCCAGGCCUUAGCAGCCGUUCUUUUAGGCAGAGGGGCCCCUCCCAGAUCAGAGGAGCCCAGGCCUCGGCUCUGCUAGUCUGAAGGGCAGAAAUCCUGAGAAGAGUUUGGGGGCUGGGGAGGGUAAGGGUGCCUACCCCACACCUCUGCAAUAACUGGACCAGAGGAAGCUGCUGUCACCUCCCCCUCCCCGGCGGGCAGCCAGUCCCCAGUGCCCCCUGGCAGGGGCCCUGGGCUGGUUGGGGGCAGGCCCGGGGCUAUCCAUUCCAUUCGGUUCCACAUUUCCUUUCCACUCUUCCUGCCAAGAGCCUGCCCCUGUGCUCUGUCCUGGGGAACAUGGUAUUUAAAAGAGAGACUAUAUUGGUAUUAAAGCUGGUUUGAUUUUA